AUGCGGCCUAUUUUGCUCUCCGGCCAUGAACGGUCCCUGAACCAAAUCAAGUUCAACCGCGAUGGCGAUCUUAUCUUCUCCGUGGCUAAGGAUAAAAUUGUGUGCGCCUGGUGGUCGGCCAACGGCGAGCGACUCGGUACCUACAACGGACACCAGGGUGCUAUCUGGACGGUCGAUGUGAGCCCGAACACUCAGAUUCUGGCAACCGGUUCGGCAGACAACACCGUGCGACUAUGGAACGUGAAGACCGGCGAGUGCAUCAAGGUGUGGGACUUCCCUACGGCCGUCAAGCGGGUCGAGUUCACCCCCGAUGGAAGCAGACUCUUGGCUGUGACGGAGAAGCGUAUGGGUUUCUUGGGUACCAUUGCGGUGUUGGACAUCAACUACGGCGAGAACUUGACGGAGCAGGCUGAGGAGCCUAGCUUGCGCAUCACCUGCACAGAGAGCAAGGCAACGGUUGCUGGCUGGAGUUACAUGGGCAAGUACAUCAUUGCUGGUCACGAAGACGGCAGUGUCAGCCAGUACGAUGGAAAGACCGGUGAGCAGCUGGAGAACGUCCAGGCCCACGAGUUCGACCACCAGAUCAACGACAUCCAGUUCUCCCCCGACCGCACCUACUUCAUCACUGCCUCCAAGGACAAGUCCGCCAAGCUCAUGUCUUCUCGUAACCUCGCCAUCCUCAAAACCUACGUUGCCGACACUCCCCUGAACAGCGCCACCAUUACGCCCAAGAAGGACUACGUGAUCCUGGGAGGUGGUCAGGCCGCCAUGGAUGUCACCACGACCUCUGCCCGUCAGGGUAAGUUCGAGGCUCGUUUCUACCACAAGGUCUUCGAGGACGAGAUCGGCCGUGUCCGCGGUCACUUCGGUCCCCUCAACACUGUUCACAUCCACCCCGCCGGUACUGCCUACGCCUCUGGUGGUGAGGACGGUUACGUCCGUGUGCACCACUUCGACAAGCCCUACUUCGACUUCAUGUACGAGGUCGAGCGCGAGCAGCUGAGGAAGUGA